UUAGCCCUCUUUCGGGCAAAGAAUCCCAACUAGCCGUUAUUCCUGGCGAGUUCCCGUUCUUCGGUAUCUGCGUCCCCCUUCAAACGAGAUAUAGAAAGAAGAAAAAGCAAAACCCCAAUCCUAAUUUCAUCUCGUUCAUCCUUCAUUUCGUGUAAUUAUCGCUCGAUUUCUCACAGAUUUUGUCAUCCAAAUCCGUUCCGGGGCAUCGAUCCUAUUACUGCGCACAAGGAAUAUUAGGGCGCGUUGGUAAAGCGAUUUGAAGAUUUGAGAUUUGUCCAGCGAACAGAAGGGGAAUGAUGAUGGAUUGCUGUACUCCAAUUCCUGAAGAUUGGGGGGAGCCGGAUACUUUCUAUCCGAUCAGGCCGGAGUGUCGCAAUGAUGUCCCUGCUUCUCGAUUCAAGCCCAGGCCAGGAAAAACUCUUAGUGCGAGACGAUGGCAUGCUUCGUUUUCUGAGGAAGGUAUAUUGGAUAUAGCUAAAGUGCUCAGACGAAUACAGCGUGGAGGUGUUCAUCCAACAAUUAAAGGUGUUGUUUGGGAAUUUUUAGUAGGGUGUUAUGAUCCAAAGAGUACUUUUGAUGAACGUAGUCAACUAAGAGAACAUCGGAGGCAAGAGUAUGAAAAUUUGAAGUCAAAAUGCCAAGAAAUGGAUAAGAUGAUCGGCAGUGGCAAGAUAAUCACAACACCUGUAAUUACAGAAGAUGGUCAGCCUAUUGAGGACCCUACAAGUGAUGGUACUGCUUCACAAGAGAAAGUGCAAUCCCAUGAUGCAGAUUUUCCAGUACAAAAUAAUGUGAUUGAGGACAAAGAGGUCAUUCAGUGGAAGCUUACCUUACAUCAAAUUGGUUUGGAUGUAGCACGUACAGACCGGGCUCUUGUUUAUUAUGAAAGCCCAGCAAACCAAGCAAAGCUUUGGGACAUGCUUGCAGUUUAUUCAUGGUUAGACAAGGACAUCGGUUACUGCCAGGGAAUGAGUGACCUGUGUUCACCAAUAUCGAUCCUUCUUGAAAAUGAAGCAGAUGGUUUUUGGUGCUUUGAACGUCUAAUGCGGAAACUGCGAGGUAAUUUCAAAUGCACGAGUAGUUCAAUUGGAGUACGGUCUCAAUUGACUAUGUUGUCAUCUAUCAUAAAAGCUAUCGAUCCAAAGCUCCAUGAACACAUAGAAAAUCUGGAUGGAGGGGAGUAUUUGUUUGCCUUCCGUAUGUUGAUGGUCCUUUUUCGCAGAGAGUUCUCAUUCGUUGAUGCAUUGUACCUUUGGGAGCUUAUUUGGUCUAUGGAGUACAAUCCCAACCUCUUCUCCAUGUAUGAGUCGGAUGCUUCUUCUGAAAAAAGCCUAGCAGCGGUAGGAGAUGAUAAUCUGCUGCAUUACGGGAAGUUUGAGAGGAAGAAUGUGCAGGCUGGUCAUAAGGAUCCACAGGCCACUCUUUCCGUCUUUCUUGUAGCCAGUGUUCUUGAGGCCAAAAACAGGCGAUUGUUGAAGGAAGCCAAAGGUCUGGACGAUGUUGUCAAGAUCUUAAAUGACAUAACUGGAAAAUUGGAUGCAAAGAAGGCAUGUAACGAGGCAUUAAAGCUUCAUAAAAAGUACUUGAGUAAGGUAUGCCUUUUAUUGGUCUUUUUCUGCUUUUCCUUAUCAAGAAUAUGGACAAUCUAAUUAAGUUAUGGAUAUAUUCUGAGAUGCAGACGAAGACAUCAUAGUGUUGGGGCUGUAGACCUGUUAGAAACCCACCUAUAAGCGGUUUUUUUUUUGGGUAAUACACCUAUAAGCGGCUUUAGGGCCAAUGAGGCGUUACAUGGAGGCUUUUCCCCAGUGUUUUUUUAGCUUUUUUUUUUUUGAGUUCAUUUCUCCAUUUAUUUUUCAGAGCUCUCGAGUGAUUAGUUAUAUUUGCACAUCAGAAUAAUAUUUGUAUCCGGGACUCGUGGGAAUAUGAAUUCAAGUUUGUUAACUUUUGUUGUACA